AUGCAAAGCUUCAUCGACCCCAAAGCAUGUGUUCUCUUCAUAAGCGCAGUGAUGCUGCAGGGUAAAGUCGCAGCCACCAGUGCCAGUGCAGUGAAGAGCGAGAGCAGGAGGAGCAGGCACCGCGCAGUAGUGCACAGUCUGCGCCUUCUCCUGUUGGGGUGCACCGCGUUACCAUGGCGACGUCCUCCUUCGUCCAGCCCAGUUUUACGUAACCGCACGUACGUCAGGGCGCACGCACAGUGGUCUGACGCCGCUUCCGGGAGUCGCGUUGGCAAUUUCCGAAACACCGGAACACAUCGGUUCGCCCAGCUCAGAGGAUCUGCCCACUACCGCUGUUGCCCUGACAUGGACACAGAGAUGAUUCCUAAAUUUUCGACGAAGGAUGAAGAAGUAGAUUACUGGAAAAGCCAAGCUCUCAAGUACAAGAAAUGCUCUCAGGAAGCCCAGGAUGAGCUGCUGGAGUUUCAGGAGGGCAGUCGGGAGCUGGAGGCCGAACUGGAGGCACAGCUGGGUCAGGCCGAGCACAGACUCCGAGACCUCCAGUCCGAAAACGAGAGACUGAAGAAUGAAGUGUCCAACCUGAAGGAGAAGCUGGAGCAGCAGUAUGCACAGAGUUAUAAACAGAUCUCGAUGCUGGAGGACGAUCUGGGGCAGACGCGCAGCAUCAAAGAGCAGCUUCACAAAUACGUCCGCGAGCUCGAACAAGCCAACGACGACCUGGAGCGCGCCAAGAGGGCCACGAUCGUGUCGCUCGAAGACUUUGAGGGUCGGUUAAAUCAGGCCAUUGAGAGAAACGCCUUUCUGGAGAGCGAGCUGGACGAGAAGGAGUCUCUGCUCGUGUCGGUGCAGCGUUUGAAGGAUGAAGCUCGAGAUUUGCGGCAGGAGCUGGCUGUACGUGAGCGGACUACAGAUCGGAUGUCGGCCCCCAGCUCUCCCACCCUGGACCUGGACAAGAGCGAGUCUGCAGUCCAGGCCUCUUUAUCUCUACCAGCAACACCUGUAGGAAAGAGCGCAGAGCAGCCCUUCCAGCCUCCCAAAGCCUUGUCCAACGGCACCACAAUGCUUACCCCUUCAGCUCGAAUUUCAGCCUUAAAUAUAGUUGGGGAUCUCCUCAGGAAGGUUGGGGCUUUGGAGUCUAAACUCGCUGCUUGCCGGAACUUCACCAAAGACCAAGCGGCGAGAAAAAACUAUGAAAACGGCUCACUCAUCAACAGCAACGCAACAAAGUUCUCUCACUCUCUUCACACCACUUACUUCGACAAAACGAAUGUCAACGGACUAGACCCGAGCCCACUGACCUCUUUGAAAGCCUCUCGAGCUGUUUCUCCACCGGGAAUGUUGCCUCUGAGCGUGUGA